AUGCCCUACGAAGAGCACUUGACAAAUGUACUUGAUUUGAUCGGGAAAUAUCAGAAUCUUGUAGACUGUCAUUUGGUCGAUUUCAUAACGGAAGAUCUUUGGGACAAGUUUGUCCCAUCAUCAAUGAAAUUAGAACUUGAAGGAAUUGCUUCUCAGGAUCCGAAGACUGAUUGGUGGAAAACUGAAUUGAGUUCUGAAUUGAAUAGUUUUAAAAAAUUAACAGAAUCCUUAAAACUAAGUAAUUGUCCUGAAGUGAUAAAUUUUAAUAGUUUAACGUCGAUGAUUUCAAAGACCGAAAACAGGGAGCGAAACACUGUCCCGUUAAAACAAGAAUCUUUUUUUAUGAAGAACAAAAAGUGGCAUGAAAUUGACAGGUUUUCGAAGGCAAUUGCUCACUUUAUGGAAAAUGACUUUGAUUUAAUCAUAGACGCCGGAUCUGGUAAAGCAUAUUUAUCUCAGUAUUUAUCCGAAGUUUAUGGAAUUCCUGCAUUAGCUAUUGAAUCAUCAACGUCACAUUACAAUAGUGCAUUAUUGCGGAAGGACUUGAUACAUCAAAAAUACGGUCUCUCAUUUCCCAAAGUUUGUUACGUAAAUGAAAGUAUUAAUGAAAUGACAGACUAUUCCAGUUUGAUAGAUGUCAACUUUCUUGAUGGAAAUAAUAAGAACAACGCAAUCUUGGUUGGCCUACAUACUUGUGGGAAUUUAACUCACGCUAUGUGUAAAUCUUUCAUUUAUGCAAAAGAUAUAAAAUGCCUGUGUAUUGUUCCAUGUUGUUACCAUUUAAUUACGAAUUCGUUUACGAUCGAACCGCAUUUUUCCAGAAAUGCAAGAAUGCUUGCUCAACAAUCACUGGAAAGAAUAAGCUGUAAAACUGAACCUAUGUGUGAAAAAUUAUUUUAUCGAGCAAUUUUGCAAGUUCUUCUUCGAUCUUUAGAAAUCGACGAUGUGAAAAUUGGUCGUGGUGGUCCUUCGAGCGAUUUUCCUAAUUAUGCAAAUUGGGCUUUAAAUAAAGUUGGUGUUUCUUCAAAACAGAUUCCAUCGAAAGAGUGUUUGGAACAUAUGUACAAGACUUAUGUUGCUGAACAAUGGAAACUAGAAGUUUUCCACAUGUUGAGAAUGUAUUUAGCACCUGUUGUAGAAGCAGCGAUCGUUUUGGAUAUGGCGACAUUUUUAAAGCAAAGCAACGAUUCUUUGAAACCUAAAAUUAUUCAACUAUUCGAUCCUGCAGUAUCGCCUCGGAAUUAUGCCAUUAUAGCAACAAAAUGAAAAACUGGAAUUUAUUUUGUUUUUAAAUAUUUUCUCUUUACAAAUUUUGUAUAAUAUACUGUCAAAAUAAAAAAAGAAAAAAGUUGUAUCAUUUUAAUUUAAA